GGGAACUGUCUGAAAAUGAAGGCAACCAUUCUGCAGUUUGCUCUUUUCCUGCAACUCUCGUUCCAGGAAGCUGUGCAGCGUAGAAACUGCGUGAUCCUUUCCUGCCUUCCCCAAAAAACUCAAAUUUAAGUGCAAACAUGAGUGAGGAAGCAAAGCAGACUUGUUAUGAGGGCUGCAAUGUCAACUCUUUCCAGUUUUACCUGCAAAAGUCUGGCGAGCACGAAGCCAUUGUCAAAUGUCUUCAAAACAUCCUGCCUGCAGAAUUUCAAAGAAUUGGAGCUGGUAAAAGCAACCUGGAUGUGCUUGGAGUCGGGAGUGGUGGUGGUGAGGUGGAUGCCCAGAUACUCUCACUUCUGCAGUCAGCGUUUCCCUCUGUUCCUGUAACUGCUGACAUUGUGGAGGGCAGCUCUCAGCUCACAGAUAACUUCAAAGCUUUGAUUGCCAAGACUGCCAACCUGCAGAAGAUCCAGUUUUCAUGGCACAUCACGUCCAGUGAAGACUAUGAGAAGCAAGUGAAGGCAAAGGGAGACAUCAAGAAAUUUGACUUCAUCCACAUGGUUCAGAUGAUCUACUAUCUAAAUAACCUGAGUGAAAGCAUCAAGUUUCAUCAUAGCCUCCUUAAAAACAAUGGCAAACUCAUGAUCAUUGUUGAAGCAGCUAACAGUGGUUGGGACAUCCUGUGGAAGACUUUUGCGAAGGAGCUGUGCAAGUGUGGAAGCAUUGAUGAGUACCGCUCAUCAGGAGAGGUCAUUGCCUGCCUUAAAGAACAAGGCCUUAAAUUUGAAGAACAUCCUGUUCCCAACAGCUUUGACAUCACAGAGUGCUUCGACCAGAGCAGCGUUACAGGAGAACGUCUGCUGAGUUUCAUGACGGGAAGAGACCACUUCUCUGAAUCCUUCACCCCAGAGGUCAGAGCUGGAAUUCUGGAUCUCCUUAGGAACAAGUGCAGCACUGAAAAAGAUGGCAAGGUGUUCUUCAACAGCAAUCUGAGCUGCAUUGUUGUGCAUGCUUGAACCUCUUUGUUAAAAUGCUCUUAUUGUGCAUCUUGUCUUUUAUCCAUGAAGUUUGCCUCUUUGAGCAAAUAAACACUAUAUGGGUAAAAGUUCUCGAUUUAAAAGUAAAGCAAUUAUACUUAUACAUGCAUAUAAUCCUAACAUUGUUUCAGUUUUCAAAUGUUUAGAUCAGCACUAGGGAUUUCAAUGUUUAGAGCUAGGAAAACUAUUGAAGUCUAAGCCAAUGACUUAAGCUUAUCUUCAAAAUAAAGUGUCAUCAGCAUAACAAAGCCUAGAGGCCACACUUCAGCAAUAAGCCAACAGGCCGUUAUAGCCCGACUCUUCAGUAUGCUGGGUAAAGGAUUGCUGUACAGUUAAAGAAACUGCAGACAAAUAUCUAAUGCAGCUACAUGCUUAUCCAGAAAAGGUGCUGUCUCCAUGCAAUCAUCUGGUUUUGCUUUGAAAAUGUUUAACCAAUCUGUAUGAUCUGAUUAAAUUAUCUGUAGAGUGCCUUUAACAUUUUGUGAAUUGGUGAAUUAAAUUGCAGUGGUGAAAUAAAAUAUUCAA